AUGGUUAACGUUCCUAAGACUAGAAAGACCUUUUGCAAAGGUAAGCAAUGCCGUAAGCACACUCAACACAAGGUUACCCAAUACAAGGCUGGUGCUGCUUCCCUGUUCGCUCAGGGUAAGAGACGUUAUGACCGUAAGCAAUCUGGUUACGGUGGUCAAACCAAGCAGAUUUUCCACAAGAAAGCUAAGACUACCAAGAAGGUUGUUUUGCGUUUGGAAUGUGUUGUCUGUAAGACCAAGGCUCAGUUGGCUUUAAAGAGAUGUAAGCACUUCGAGCUAGGUGGUGACAAGAAACAAAAGGGUCAAGCUCUGCAAUUCUAG